AUGCAAAUGAGCAGUUGGCCGGCCCCCAUCAUGCACCGCGGGUCCUUCUCCGGCGUGAGGGCGGCAGUCAUGCGCUGGCGGAGCGCGCGGGCGCUGUGUUGGGGAGCGGAGGCCUACCCGCCGCCAGGGCCAGCCGCAGUCCGGGCGUCGAGUGGGGCGCUGUGGCGGCGGCUGCGGGCGGGCGGCGCCUGCGUGGUGCCCGGCUUCCUCAGCGAGGGAGAAGAGGCGUCGCUGGCUCGGGAGCUGGAGCCGCAGCUGCGCCGCCGCCGCUACCAGGACGAGCAUUGGGACGGGGCUAUUCAUAAGUACCGCGAGACAGAAAAAUCACAUUGGAGCAAGGAGAAUCAUGAGAUUUUGCAGAGGGUCCGGGAUGCAGCUUUUCCCCCAGAAGUGCCACAGCUCACUCAAGUCCAUGUCUUGGAUUUGGAUAAAACUGGGUACAUAAAGCCUCAUGUAGACAGUGUCAAGUUCUGCGGCUGUACCAUUGCAGGCCUUUCCCUGCUGUCCUCGAGCGUGAUGCGUCUGGUCAGUGAGCAGAAUCCACAGGACUGGCUGGAUCUGUUGCUAGAGCGCCGAUCUCUCUACAUCCUCAGAGGGCCAGCUCGUUAUGAGUUCACUCAUGAGAUCCUUAAAGACGAGGAAUCCUUUUUUGACGGAAGGAAGGUGCCCCGGGAGCGAAGGAUAUCGGUCAUCUGCCGGAACCUGCCCUUGCCAUCUGAUUCUUCAUAGAAUUACAAGUUGGGACUGUAGAGGCUGGCCGUUUUCUACAGUUGAAAUUUAGGCUACUUCAUCUGUUGGAGCUGCUUCUCAAGAGGUUGCUCUCACCUGCUGUUUCAUGGGACUCAGCUUUGCGGCCAGAAUAUAGGGAGGGGAUUUCUCCUCCAUGCACUAAAUGAGUCUGGGGACGUUCAAGAUCUAAGGAAGUAUUCUGGCUACGGACAGAGAGAAUGGAGUCCUGCAGAGGAUUGGAGAAUGGAACUGAUUGUACUUAACCAAAGUACUGUUGAUCUCAGGAAAAUAAAAAACCCAACGCUGCUUCUGUGAUAUGUGUUGCAGCAGCCAGGGCUGAAAUUAA